GUCUUUCAAACUGGCUGACGUGAAUUGCAGGUACCAGUAAAACAACUUUUGCCGCGCUUUUUGCGCGGUUAUCUUGUUUCUCUAUCGAAUCCUUUUACAAGAAUACAUAAUCGCUGCAUUGUCUUCAAACUGAGCGAGUUGUUCGUGUUUUAUAUCGAAUCCUUUAGGGUAUGAUCGGCCAUCAAGCAAACCUUGAAACCUGCUACAGUGCAAUUUGGAGAAGAGAGCUGAGAAGCUCUAUUAGAGUACAUACUGUGUAAGUAUACAUUUGCUUUCCAGCCGACGUUAACGUUAAAACUACAAUAAGUAUACCUCCUAUCUGGAUACAUUUUGAAAUGAGAAUUGGAUUUGCUUCUCACAUGGGCAUAUUGUGUUUUGCAUUUUGAUCUGCAUAUGAUGAGCGCGAGUGCGACGGCCUUUGCAACAAUAAAACGGUUUAUCACAUUUAGACUGCUGGAAAACCGAAUUUAUGAAAACAGGCUAGAAUACGCUUACAGUGCUCGCCGUUUUCUGCCACUGAUUUCACUUAACGUUUUUGGCGGACGAAUUAACCAACCACUGAAAAAAAACGAUCACUCACAUUGCAGAUUGGAGGCCGGUGGGGGGGGGUCAACUUAGUUGCUUGAACGAAUUGAAAUGUAGAAUGCACGAGGGGAGCGAGGGGAGAAGACAGCAACUUAACUUAAGUGUGUGUUUGUGUGUUAUGUUGUCCACCAUUUUUGUCUGUACUUUAAGGAAAGCAAGUUUUUGUGAACACUGCAACUGUUGACUGAGUUCCUUACAUUCCAUGUGUUGAUUUAUUCCUCUGGAAGGUCAAGCAUUCAAGCAAGCUCAAGCACAGUAGAGAAAAUGCAAAUAUCAACUGUCAAACAUGGAAAUUUUCGAGCAGAAUGAAGAUGUCUGACCAAGGUAAGACUGAUUUCAGACUAAGCGGCCAAAAACUGCUUCCCCAGUUUAAACGAAGUACGGGAUCGUUACUUGUACUCACUCAACCAUCACGGGAUUGCUUUAACCCGAAUAAACCACGCUCCAUUCAUGUGCCGACCUUUAUUUAAAAUUAAACUUACAACAUCAGGACGUCGAAAUAUGGAGUACUUAGAUCGAAUCAAAUUAUCAAUAUUAAUGAAAGGAAGACGUAAAAUUGAAAAUUAUGGAUUCAGGGCAUAGGGUUAUAGCCUACGGACUUGUCACUCGGGAUUAGCCUGUCUGCGACUGUUGUAUCAAUUGCAUUGUGCGAUAUAGCAUGUUCCAGGCGUUCAGAUAGUGGGGAGCGGUGCAAAGUAAAAGGGAGCGCGAAAAAGUAAAAGCGAGGGAGGAGGAGAGGUGAGAGAGGGAACGCCUGUUAGAUUUGUUUUAAAUAGACUCUUCCGCCCAGUCAGACGGCAUCAGCUGUAGGUGGUCUUCACUUGUCAAUCAAGACUGGUGUUACAGCCCGAUGCAUUUAUUAUUUUUCUUGCGAAUAAAUCGAAGUUUGUCAGAUCAAAAAUUAAUAUUAUGUAUACAUAAUCUUACUGAAAACCCAAUGUAAGACUUUCAGACAAUAGAAGGCGGGAGAAGUAUUCAUGUAUAAUGAAUUUAUUUACGGCUUUAAAAACAUGAUUUCAGCGUGUACGUGACAAAAAAUUAUGAAUCAAGUGACAAACAAAUAUCGCUCAUUUCGAUAGAAAGCCGUUUCAAUACAGAUCGUUAACUCAAGCAAUGAAAAUGCACAACAAUUGAAGGGAAAAUUUACUAUUCGGUGAUUGAGUGGACCUCGUCAAUAGCGAUAGCGGCAACUUGCUUUCCAAGCUUUUCUUUUUGAAGUCCUUUUGUCCAUUCACUAGACAACCACGAUUUGGCACUUCAGUAAACAAUUUCACAGCUUCCACUUUUAACGGCUUCAUCCAUAUCUUCUCCCAUCAUUGCCGCCGCUACUCCGAUCUGACUUGUUCAAAUAUUCCACUUGGUCCAUGAUGGUAAUCAACGGAGUUACCACAACAAUCGUAAAUGGCAUUCUAUCCUGCCUUCAUUCCAACGCACGCUUUAUUCGAGGAAAAAACUGGAAAAUAAGAAUUUUUCAAAAGCCAGUCGGUGAGAAAUUGCUAAGACAUCUAUCCUACCGACUACGUGUUUUAAACAGUUUCUUUGCUUUUCGCUUUUAGCCUCCACGUUUGGAAAGUCACUCAGCGUUGUGUUUGUUGCGAGUUUGAAUUCUGCGUGACGGCACGUAGAGUCUGUCAUAACGGCCAUAUCGCAUUUCUCGCUGUGAUCGAAGACGCUCCACUGUUGACAAAAACUGUCAAAAUCAACCAAUCAGAGGGUAUACCAGGAUCUGGUAUACCGGAACGCACUUUUGUUAAGAAUUCUUACAAGCGUUCCCGCACCUCUCUCCUCAGUCCCCCUCUACUUUUCAUCGCUUUCUCUACUCCACACCGCUCUCCACUAUCUGAACGCUUGGAACAGGCUAUGUGCAAUAAUGCGAUAGCUUUUGCUGUCUAACUUAACGUUGCGUGCCGUGACCGGAAGUACCGAGUGAGAAAACCUGAUUCGAAAGUGCUAUUCUACCGUACCUAAUUCAUCAGUGGAGCGGCGUUUACACGCUUGGCCACUGUCCGAAAUAAUGAUCCACACUCUUUUUUUUUUUAACUAAACUAAAAACUUUCUACAAGCAGAACCGAGAACUACUCAAGUUUGCGUAAAAAGAACACAGAGGGUGCCUGGACAGCUCGUUCAGCCAAGUUGAUAUCAUUGUAUCUUGCUAAUCAGUGAGUCUAAAAGACCAUUUUUGAUUUAUUAAAGUGCAUACUUGGCUCUAGCCUGAAUUUCAUCCGAUUGCUUCGAGUCGUUUUUUCCUCUCAGCAACGUCUGAAUAGACCAGCCGUUAAUGUCGUCCAGUGACGUCACUACUACCCGAAAACCGGGUAGUGAUUUUGAUUGGUUGAUUGCCUAAAUUUUCGCAUAAUUAUGUAUAAUUAUGAGAAAUUUUAUAAUUAUGAAACAUUUUAACGGGAUGUCGCUUGAUAUUCAGCGGAUCGCAUCAGCGGCAAGGUUUUUCAUUUAGAGCCGCUUUGUGGUUUCCGCCGUGAUUUUGUUUAUGCGAAGUUUCUGAGACCAGUGUCAUGUUGUCAUUCGACCUUCUUGCUAUUUUCACCGUCAAGUGUAAUGAUUAUAUACUGUCAGCUUUUCUGCCUUGUUUUCUUUUUUAUUCGUUAAGGACCAAUGGCUUCUUUUCAAUAAAAGGAAAUUGUUGUGUUUUUGAACUAAGUGUUCCGUGUGUGUAUUUAUUUCAUUGCGUGAUUGCGACCGACUUUGAAUUACAACCGGUUCAGAGUACUGCAUGCUUGAUGGUUUGAACGUUAAACAUGAAUUACGAUCGAAAAGAGUAAAGCAAUUCUGUCAGCUGUUCUGUAUCAUGUAGACAUUUCCAAGCGAUAUUUCUUGGUUCGCCACUUGAAAAUCGUGUUUUACUUUUUGCAUGAAUUAAAGCAAAGGGGUAGUGACGUCACUGGACGGCAUUAACGGUCGGUCGAUUCAGACGUUUCUGAGGGAGUAAUAACGACUCGAAGUAACCGGAUGAAAUUCGGGCCAACUUGGCUGGGAGGCUUGGGGGAAUAAAACAGAAGAAAUGUAUUGUUCAUUGCUCAAGCCUCAAGAUGAUUUCUUUUGUUUUAUUCCCCAAGCCCUCGUAGCCAAGUGUGAAUUUCACUGUCUGUUGAUCACUAAAAGUAUUUGAAGUAGAGUUAUUACACAAAUAGGUUUCCAAGCUACUGAAUUGUACCAUCCAUAGUCAAAUACAGAUCUUAAUAAUUGCAUUGAUUAAUGUUUAAAGAAGAUAGAAAAAUGUAAUCUGUUUAAUAAGAUACGAGAAGCAAUAAAGCGGGGGGUGUUCAUGUUCGAGGCAGCCAGCUGUUUGCUACAGUUAUUAAUAACUGCUACCACGAUCGUAAUCGUUUGCAGGUGAUCCCAUUCAAGAUGAGACAAGCCCAGUUGUGGUCCAUUUUUCCAUUUCCGAAGAUAAAGUCUGCAACACUCCACCGGGAGGAGACUGUAACGGAGUAUAUUAUUGGAGAGCUCCAGAUUUCAUGGAUGGCUCCCUUUUCGUCGACCUUUUGACGGAAAUUGUCGAUGCAAUCUCAGAUAGGGAUUCACAAAGGUUUCUUGAACUCCUUGAGCCUUCUCAAACGUCGUGGACCGAGCUGCGACGGUGGAACCGGAGGCGUAAACAGUGGUUUAGCGUCAGUGACGACGACGUGUCAUUGAGAGUGCGGGAAGUGUGCUCAACCUUCAGUACCCCUGGAGACUUCAUUUCUCUUUUCCCACCUGAAGGGGAUUUUGGUAUCUUAAGUGCUGACGUCCUUAUUAACAACGACUCGGACCCCUCUGGGGAGAUUCGGAAAUGCAUUAAUCAGAAUAUUGCUUCCGACAUUGCUGCCGAUAUUGCGUUGUGUGGUGAGGAGUUUGAGAGCGCCGAGGAAACCGAGGAGAGGCAAGAUGUCUGUGUGGACGAUACAUAUCCGUCAGAUGAAGAAGAAGAGAUUGACGAAGUGCAAGAAUCUAAUCCUGAGAAGCCAUGCUAUUAUCCAUCACAGAUAGAAAUGGCAACUAUUCUGAAGAAACGAAUUGACACAAUUAUGUGGCAUUACCACAACAUCGCUAAGCUGAGCGACGCUUUCGACGACGUAGAGUUUGCAGUCUACACAGCAAGGUACCGGAUGCUUAGCGAUCAGACCGAGAAAAGGAUCUGUCACCCUGACGCUGGUGUCCUAUCGAAACAAGAACUCAAGUCACGUAAAGAGUGGAAUGGAAAGAAGAGAAUGUUCAUGUAUGUUCGAAGCGCGGAAACUGACAUGCAUUUUGAGCAGCUAAGAAAAGACGUCCAAGAAAAGGCAAGAACUCUUUUUAUCAUUAUUGCUGAUGAGUGCCAUUGGGGAAUAACAAAAGACAAAGACCAGAAACCAUCGGCACAUAAUCUGUUCAUCAAUGAAUGGUGUAAGGAAAACUCUCCCAGAAAUGUGGUCGUAGUUCAAAUCUCGGCAACACCUUUUAACCUUUUAACGCAGAACUCCCGCCUUCCUGAAGUACGUUGCCUAAUUCUCUACGAGAGUAUUUCUACCGUGCGAAACAAUCAUUACGAAGCUGGCGAUCUCUUGGUUUUAGAAAGUGAACCUGAGACUGAAAAACAUGACUUUGCAAAACCAACUUCCAAGGAAGUAGAACUUCAUGUUGUCCACUGGUCGGAGGUAGAGUUGAAGAACUUUGAAAGGGGAAUGCGAAUGAAACUCAAGUCAACAUUAACUGUUGAACGUUCUCCACACCCGCGAUACCUUCAUGUUUCGACGGAGGGGAAACUGGGCGUCGUAUACAAUGAAAGUGAUGCCACUGACUUUGAAGUACAGGGGAGUCAAGGUAUCGUGACAAUCAAGGCCAUUUUAAACGAAGGGAAGGUCCGUACACUGACCGGAGACUCGCACGGAAUGCUGGAAACCAUUGUUAACCCUCAGGAGUCAGCUAUGUUUGAGGUAAAGUUGGACUUUGGCGUUGGAGUUGCGGCGUUUUCUUGCAGUGACAGGAGAGAUCUCUAUUUAGCAGUCGACGACAAAGAUAACGUUUUGCUGCAAUCAGCUAGAAUUGAAAGAAAAUGUGGUGUGUCUAUUAUGAAAGCCAAACACGACUUGGGUCGCGUUUCAUUCGAAUUUUACAUUGAUCAAUGUGGACCAGCAGAAGUUGACUUGGUUGAACAACAGUACAUGAGUUUAAACUACUAUCUGAGCACUAUGACCUGUGGUAAAAGGAGUGAUCAAAAGAUUCGUCAGGACAAGUUUUUUCAAGGGAUCGUGGACACGGCAAAAAGACAAAACAAGCGGUGCACACCCCACUCAUCAUCCCUCAAAAUAGAUGCCCUUCUAUGCGCGGAGUACUGCUACUACCUUCUUCUAUUUGGCACAUACACCAGCGAUGACAAAAUCCGACAGGCACUUAUCAAUGGCACAGGAGAAUCUCCCGCUGAUCAGUUUACUGAAAAGGUUCGUUCUUUCAGAGACGAACUCGUGAAUAACGCAAAGUACAUUCACCACGAAGCCUUUGAGUUGGUUGUGAGAAAAUGUUGCGGCGAGGUGAAAGAAACUUUGAUAGAAAAUGUGAAAAAAUUCUCAAGAUCCCAAAAACAAAACAGAUCAACUGGUAAAGUGGACUCUACUCAAAAUUUAGAAACAGAAUUUGUUGCCUGUCUGAUGCACUUGUCUCGGGAAGAUCUAAAAACUAUCAUGGAAGAUCCCCUCAUGAAUGGUAUUCUAAAAGAGAUCAAAACGUCACUAAAGCAAAACAACUGCCACAAGAUGAUUGAAAUCUGGAGGGGUGUUGUCCGGCAGUACGAAACAGGAUUUCUUGUAGAAAGCCUAAUCCAGAGUGGCAAAGGGAAAUCCGGUAAGAUGAAAAUUGUACGAGCAAAAAGCAUGGAAACCGCCGAUCAGUUUUACCACACCCUUAAAUUGGCCCGGAAACUAUCUUCCUUGGAGAAGUCAUUUGAGAUCAUAAGAGAUUAUGGCGGAAUCCAAAUCGAGAAACAGAUGAUGAAAUCAUCAAGUCCUUUCUUCCUUAAGCUCCAGCCAAGGGAAUGCCAGUUUAAAUUUGACUGCCGUUGCAGUGAGCUUGAGCUUCGCCCCGGUCGCAAGAAGUGUACCAAUUGUCAACACGUGCACAAGUCAAUCACUCAGUAUGAAGACUUAGAAAACUUGGCGUGUGUCCUCAUCCUGGUUGAUAAAGGUCGCAUGGGGGACACAUUUCCCCAUAGCUUUGAUUGCCUUGACCUUCGACUAAACUAUGACAGUAGUCGGGAAUUCAAAGAGGGCUCACCACUUUUUUUAUCGACUGUCAUUCAAGAACUUGGAAGAAUGUGCCGUUAUGCAAAGGCAUCAACCCGAGAAUCACGUGAUCAGUACACUCCUUAUGUGUUGGUUGGAAGGGAGCUUUUCAAAAGGCUUGGUGAAUCAUUGAAACGUUCCCCCGCAAUGAGCACAAUUUCUUGUACCAGAGCUGAUCGGUACAUGUCAACCUCCAAAAGCAAACGCGAGACAUCAUCUUCACUGCGUUGGUUGGACUAUGAAGCUCAUAAGGAUAGCUAUGAUUACGGCAACAAGCAAACAUAUUGCAACAGAAUACUUCUCCAAGCUGAACCCCAGAUCGGCAAGACAGGUACCUAUCUUUGCCUCGUUAAGCAGCUUAGACAAGAUAUUCUUGGAAAAGAAAAGAUGCCUCUGACACAAACUACCGCUUUUGAUGAAGGCAGCUUUUAUCUCCAUGAACAAUGCGACUCCCUUGACGAUACAAUAGAAAGCAGCGUGGAAAGCGAUGAAAACUGGCAAUUUCCCUAUUGGAAGACGAUCGAGAACUCUCCCAGCCUUUAUGAAAAAGCGGUGGGACAGGGGAAGUAUUCAAUUGGUGGGCUCUUCUACACUCAUGACAUCGAAGAUAGUCCGUUCUUCCUAAUGAAUCGAGAAAAGAAGAAGCCAAUCAAGUCAAUUCUCAAUUAUCAGAGAUUGCUAUCAAGAAAUUGUGCAGAUGGUGUUCGCGCAUGGCAUUGGCACCACUUUGAGAACUGUGUUGAAUGCGGAAGACUACUUCAAGGAGAGCGGCCAGUUUUGGAGACGCUUGAAGUAACCAUAGAUGGCGCUCCAGUAGAGGUCACUUGUUCAAUUCCCACCAGCAGUCUAGCACACAAUUACCUGCGAGGUCAUCUCAGGAGUUUUAGGUCAGUGGAAGGGUCCUGGACCGAGUUCAACUGCCCUGGAGUGACCUCGCUGUCUUAUUGGAUAUUCCAUCCCUCUCACAGAGAUGAUCCGCGGAAGUGUCUUCUAAACUAUCAUCACGUGAUGCAAGAAGAAAACCAAGUAGCUAGUUAUCUGCAAGUUGCUGUGGUUCGAAGUGAAAUGUUCCAGGCCUACAAAUCUACCUGGGGGAAGGUGAUUGCAAUAUUUCAGCUGCCAGAUGAGCUACCGAACUGCGAAGUUGGACCGAGUGAAGGAGGUGUGGGUUACGCGAGGUUGUUUAUUCAGAAAAUUGCAUUUGCUCUAAAGCUGGAAUACAUUUUUGUGAUUGAUGACAAUGUGGCCUUGAUGUCCGAAGCAGUGUUGAGGUCAGACGAAGGAACAACAACAGGUCAGAGCGUUGUCAGAGAUGAGAAUGGAGUGAUGAAGAUGGAACGAUGUUCUUUCUUAAGACCUCUCACUUACCUUCAGAAUAUUGCAAGCGGAAAGGGCAAUCCACCCGAUGAAAGAAUACAAUACGAGCCACAUCCUUUAAAGGAUCAUCCCGAGGGACAACAGUUUCCCCUGUAUACGUAUACAGGCCCCGCGAAGUUGUUUGACAGCCCUUUCAAGAGUUAUGGCAUUCUAGGUCUUCUCAGAAGUGUCCCCAUAUCGGUCAGGCCAUUUGCGAAGACCCAGGUUUAUGCUGCUGUUUUGUUGAAUGUCAAAAGCACGGUGGAAAAGAAAGUGUUUUAUCGACCAUGGCCGUGUUGGGAAGACUUACGCUUCAACGACGAUUGCGACAAAGCUGAUUUAUGGGUAGUGAAAUGUAAUCGCUUUCUUUUUCACAAAGUCCAAUACAACGACUGGAUCAAGGAUCUCGCACGUCCGACUAUUUUUGUAUGGAAAAAAGAUAGCUUUCUGGAAAAACGACCACUUGCUAGUGAGCUGCCAAAAGUUGUUGAGGAGGAAAUCAUCUUGGACCACCUCCGCAGCUUUGUCAACACUAAGGGCCAUGAGAAUUGCUUCAAAGGACAGAUUGGAUAUGAUCGGCCGGACGAUUGUGAGGACCAACUCUCCCCCACAAAAAUUGUUGACAGUCUUGACCUUCAGAACUACGAAUGGAAGGAGCUCGGUUCCACUGAUGAAGUUCCAGUCCUUAUUGUGUCGUACUGUGCUUCAGUUGCUAAUCGGAAGACCAGAGACAUGAUGCUUUUGAUUUCAGCGUUUUGUGCAGCCCAAGAAAAGAUUAUUUUCAUCACGAGUGCUGAAGAUGCAUUAGAAAGGUGGUCCGGGUUGACUCUGGCAACCAUAGCGUCCCACAAUGGAAUUUGCCUCACUUCCGAAAUGAGCGACAGAUGUGGUCGGUUUUCCAUUUUGUCUGCCGCUGACCCUAGAAGACAUCAUUUACGGUGGAUUGUGAUCGAAGCAUCCUUCUCCAAAGAAGAUGGCAUGAUUCUGGAAGAAUUAAAUGUAGCUGUUGAAAGAAACGUCUCUGAAAAUGCCACAAAAGCGGACGAAAGUAUCCUUGCUGAUCAUCAGCAACACUUCAGUGGAGAAAGAACGAAAGCGUCUGAAGAGGGAUCUCUCAGGACAAAGAGUAAAGGAAUUGUGGAUGUAGGAUCGUCCCACCAACCACUGUUAAGAAGAGAUUCAGGUACCACAGAAUCCCUUAGUGCAAACCGUUCUCGUCAUGAAAUCUCAUGCCUUAAAAGGCCUUUUCAUGAAACUCUAGACCCAUUUGGUCAGGAAUGUUCGAGUGUCAAGAAAUCCCUUGAAGAAGUCACCUGUCAAAAAUCAUCUUUUCUCCCCUCACACACUUUACGUCAUGAUUCACCUAAUGCAAAGCAAAAAAUUGUUGAAGAGUCUCCAAGCAAGCGACGAAAAAUUUUUGAUUACUUUGGCCAGAAAAUUAACCAAACACGCGACGAACAGAGUGUCAAAAAAACGUUUGAAAAGGGAGGGACAGCCGGAGAGUCAUCCAAUGGCAGGAAAGUGGAAAGAAAGAGAUUAAGUGUGGACGACAGAGGAGAGAGUAACAGCAAUUGGAAUGAACACAGUGAAGCCAUUUCGGAAACAGAACAAUCAAAAGUAAAAAAGAAAAAGCAACUCAAGACUGAAAGUAAUCAGAAAAGUAGAAACCCUAUUCAUACUGGCCACGAGAGCAUGCUGAGGAGCGAAGAAGACAAGCACAUGGCGUUCACAUCUUCUCAACAUGAUAUGCGUGAUGUAUAUGUUGUGAACGAGAACGGCGAAGAGACGUCGAGUGGCAAGAAAGUGAAAAAAAAGAAAAGUGGGAGCGAAAGCAGUGAAGAGCGUAACAGAAAAGGAAGUAAAAAUGAUGAAGCCACUUCGGGAAACGAACAGCCACAAGUGAGAAAGAAAAAGAAAAAGGAAUUCAAAAGUGAAAGUAGCCAGAAAAUUAGGAGCCCCACUCAUGCUUUUCAAGGUCAAGAGAUAAUGCCAAAGAACAAAGAGGGCAAGCAGAAGGCAUCUACUUCUUCGCUACGUGAAGAAACUGAUGAAGAUGUAGAAACCACAUCUAAUGCUAGCAGCCAAACAAGCACAUAUUCCAUACAAGGGGAGGACACAGAAUGGCUCAGUGUACCAGAUACGAACAGUGCUGAUGAUGUUGCAAGUAACAGCGAUUUUAAUACAUGUUUCCUACGUAGAACUUCGACUUCAAGAAAUCAAAACGCCGAAAAAAUGUCAUUGUACAUGGAGGGAACUAACGAGGUCACAGCAGUUAUUGUUAACCUUUGGAAUCAACGCAAACAGAUGGAAAAACGAGAGGAUCUUUCAAAAGGACACGUUGAAAAAAGUCUCGAUUGCUUUGUAAAAGGGAAUUUGGAGAGAAAAGACCAACAUGGCUACAAUGCACUUUUAAAGGCGUGUUCCUUGCCUGGUAUGAGUCCUCAUGUAAUGCAGCACCUGAUAGUCGUUGAAAAAGUGGACUUAAACUGUAGGCUUCCAGAUGACUUUGACGAGCACCAUCCCUCAGCCAAAGGGCUAAUUCCAGGAAUGUCCGCACUGUCAGUGGCAAUAAGGAGACAAAAUAUAAGCUGCAUAUCAACCUUCAAAAGACGAGAACCAGAAAUCAAAGUACGAGACGCUGACCAGGAGAGGAACACUGCCUUGCAUCACUGUGUUGCAUCGGCAUCGAAAGGAGCAUUCCAGAAGCUGUUCCCCCUUUAUAAACAAUUAGACUGGAAAGAAAUGUUUAACAGCGAACGGAAAAGUCCUCUGCACAUUGCACAGAAGUUGGAAAUGGACAGUACUGGAAAAAAGAAGCAAGCACUAGGAUACAUUCUUGAGCAAAUGAAGGGAAGUAGCCGUUCAGAUGAAUUCAGGUAUAUUGUAAUUGAGUGUAGCAAAAGAUAACUGAAAUUAUUUUUUCGAUCAUUAUGUUAGAGUUUUGCCUGCUUCUUUGUUAAAGAGGUUAUAACCAAAGGAUACCGGAAAUCCUCUAUUUCGCCCCUCCCACCCCCCCUCUGGAGAAUGUUUGAGGAGAGGAAUUAUUUAAUUCUAUUCAUUAUUCAGCAGAACGUAGCGUUUUGUGGAAAAGCGUUUGAGAUCUUGAGCCCCAGACCAAAACAAAUCCGAACUUCCAGUACGUAAAUACGGUAUCAGUUUACGUCAAGUCAGGGUCGUAACAUGAAUGGGCUCAUGAAAAUGGACUAUCAAUUCAUUCAGGGAUCAGCAGAAGCCCAAAUCAGGGAUCAGAUUUAUUACACGGUCUAAAACCCUCUUAUCACAAUAUUUUUCCGCAUAAUAAGGUUUGUGUCCAUAGAAUUUCCUGGCCAAGUUACAUUACCCAUUCUUGCUUCCAGCUGACGGCAGUUCCUGUCAUACGAAGUCCUGGUUGUUUGACCAAAACAUGGUAUCAUAUUCUUAAUUUAUUAAUUGUUGAGGGCACCGGAAUAUGAAUCUCAAGUCACUUUUCUCGCUUUGUAACGCAACUCCUCAACGCUCUGUCAAUGCCAGAAGGCAGAGAAAGGGAUUUUACAUAUCUUUUUUGGCGAGAAAUGGGGAAGAAGAAAAAGGACAAAAAGAAAUCCUGUGACAGAGAAAGGUACGUAAGUACUUCCUGGACUGAUUUACUCCUGGUAAGGGUCCAAGCAUAGAGUUUUUCGGCCGAUCAAACAUAACAAUAUACCGCCAGGACAAUAUACAAACCGAUUCGUUAAAAGCGGAAUUUACUGCAUAGGUCCCGAUUGUCUCAUCGCCUCAAGCAAGUCAUAAGGCGACUAUAAAUCGAGGUUCGUAUUUUUGACCAGUAACUUAACUCUUAAAAAGUGCUUAAAUAAUUAGUCAGAAUAGACGUCAAUCGGUUCACCUACCAGUACUAGUUUUGGACCGGGAAAGUGGACACAUUCCAUUUCUGUAUAACUGAUAAAUGCUUGUUUACAGUGUAGCCCAACGACUUACCUCGAAAUAAAAGUAACCCUUCAAUUUUAACAAAUCAAGUAGCAGAGUCUGCAGAAACUAAAUAUAUUAUAGCCUCAGCAUGAAGGGCCACCAGUAAGGGGCCCACUAUUUGAUUUUUGAGCCGGGGAUGGGUUAUUUUUUUUUCGUGCAAGAUUUUUUCAGACCUCAUUCGUGCAGUGGCUAUUUUGUUUUGCACAAAAUUUACAGAUCUUAGUGAUAAUAUUGAUCUGCAAGAAUUUUUUCGGUCCUUUGGGCUAUUCGGCCUCGGCUUAUGUAACGGUUGGCCACGAAAGAUAUCACCACCUUAGAUUUGGAGCCUGAAUUUUUUAGUGGAGAGAGAACACCCGCUCUGAACGACUACGCAUCACGGCGGCCCAGCUGCCUUUUUAGAAUCAAUAGAGAGGCUCUACCAAUCCUCAUUUAUCUUUUAUACUGGUCCUCGAAGCCAUUACACACAGAAAAGCUGGGUCCAAAGGCACCGGAAUGGCUUCGAAAGUUGCACGGCAAGAGUAAACGUUAAGGAGGAUAUGGACGAGGAAACGAGCGUGGAGGAAAGGAGCGAUACGACGGGGUGUACGACAGCAACGAACGAGAGGGAAGACCAAAGGAAGAGCUGGUACACUUCCACUUGCUCUGAGUAUGUUCAGAAGGAAUGCGUCGGCACAUGGAGAUGAAGGACAAACUACACUUCAUAUGAGAUUAUCUAUUCAAAAGGCGACAUAGUUGCUCUCAAGCACAAUUACAAGAGGUAUAUCAUUCCUUUGUUUUGAAAGAUCUCCACCAUAACGGUGACGCAUUCCUGGAAGAUCACAUGGGUUUGAGAUGGCUGGAACAGUCAGAAGAAGAUCCCCUUGUAUACCACCGUGACGAAAGAAAUUCACCUAAGUGUAUCAUCAGGAAAGUUCGAAUAAUAAAAGAUGGAAACAACUUCUGUUUGAGCUGCCUUGAUGAAAUUUUUGGUUGCAAGAGUCUCUUUGGAAAUAAAACAUCUGUGACCCACACAGCUCGGACAAUGAUUAACUGGACAAGUUAAAGCAGAUGUUCGUAUGGGACAGGUUGGAAAGCUCAGUUUACAGUGACGUUAACUCAACCGGGGACCAACCAGCGCUAGCUGUGUUUACUCUUUGACUAAAUUGUUUUAUUCGAAUUUUGAAUCCAAUGCUGUCUUGUGAUUAAAACCUCCGGGUAAUGAAACACUGAAAAUAAACCUUGUAAAUACCAUUUAAUCUGAAAAAUCAAGAUUCCGCCGCAAGAUCUUUCAAGAUGUACGAUACUUAAAGGGAAGUGGACUACUUUUAAUGUAUAAAUUAACAAUAACUUACAUUUGGUAUCUUACUAAAGGGGUUAAUGUUUUUCAUCAGCCCAUUUGAGCAUGUUCUAUAUUCUAUAUUUGGAGAUAAACAAAGUUGUCUAAUGGAUGGGAUCAUUUUCUUUAUCAGGGCUCAGGGAUCAAAAUGUUGGGGAAAAUGGGGCUCAGGGAUCAAAAUAACUUCAAUGGGUCCUGGAUAUACCAUGUUACGACCCUGUCAAGUGCUACAGUUGUGAAUGCGGUGAUUAAUCAAUAUAAGGGGGGGGGGGCUAAAUAACUUUCCCUUGAAAAGGGCGAAAAGGGGGGGGUUAAUAGAGAGACGAGUGCUUAAGAGAUAAACUGCAAAACAGUCGGUUUUCUUCUCAAAAAUAGUGAAUAAAGGUUAAGUGUGGCGCAAGAGUCUUACGCGCGCCAAGCGCGCGGGCCUCACUCGCCCUACGGCGUGUGAGGCGAGAGAGCGUCUUUCCCUAGUCUCGCUCACUGUUUUCACCCUCGUUCCAGACCUUUAAUUUGACUGCUCGCGCGUACUUGAAUACGCAAAAAUACGGACUGUUUUACAGUCUACUUAAUAGAGGAUUUAUUUAGUAUUUCAAGAAAUCACCUUCCUGCACGAACUAGGGAGAAUCCACAACGAUUUUCACCGGUUUUCACCGUUUAUGACAAAAGCGGGUCAGAUUUUAAACAAUGAAAGGACACCUUAACGUUAUUGAAGAUAAUACCUAGGGUGCACGACCCAAAUCCCCUUUGAAACUCUUGUCUUCAGAACUGUUCUCGUUUUCUCCUGGGUCUGCAGGAUAUAAACUACCAUGUGGCAUGAAAGUUAUGAGGAUGUUUAAAUUCGCGGAUGGUUUUACAUUGGUUCUCGGGAGCCAAAUAAGGCGCAUUUUGAGACUCUGGGUUUUUCCGACGAGCCACGAUCGCUUUUAAUGAGACGACGAUCUUAGAUUUUUGUCGUCGUCGUGCUUGCUAGUAGCGUUACCACGCAAAAAAUUACUUGAUAUGUGACAAUUAACUGACGAUUUUUCCGAAAACACCCGAAGAAAACGACGCUCGCAGGUACCCAUAGAGAGGCUCAAUUUUAUUAGAUUUCAUGCCUUAAGGGCAUAAAUGUGUCGCCGCGGAUUCUUCGCUAGUUUAGAAAACCUGUAAAGAAAAUGUCGUGAGUUAACACGAAGCUAGUGUGAUUUUGUCCUUUUCGAGUAUUUCCUUGGUUAACGCUAAUAAGUCCCUUGGCGAAUAAGGGCACGGCAAUAAUAGCCGGCGACCUAUAUGAUUACGUCAUUGAGUACCAGUACACUCUUUGAAAUAACAAAUUGAAUAACACAACCUCUUUAACUGCACGGCAAAGUAUAACCCGGUACUAUCCUGCAAGCAGGCUCUCCUAUUUAAAGGUGAUGCUACACGGGACGAUUUGCAACGACGAUUUUUAACGAAACACAGCAUAACAGCAUUGUUGUAACAUUGUUUCGAAUGGUUGCAACAUUGUUCCAACAUUGCAACGCUGUGUUGCGCAGAAAAUCGUCGUUGCAAAUCGUCUCGUGUAACAUCACCUCAAGCGAGCGUCGCUAGCCGCGCGAGAACACGCGAGCGAGCGGCGCUCCCAGCCCCCGCUUUCGCGUCUACUUUUCACCAUAUUCCCUUCAAUUGAGAGCUUGCUCGCAGGCUAACCCGGUAACAGAACUUGCAAACGCGUUUUCUGUACGUUUUCUCACGUUUUUCCAUUAGUUGCAGUGUUAUAUCGUCUGACGAAGAAGACAAGUGA